AUGCUGAAAACCACCAAGUUGAUGAUACAAUUCUUCGGAGAGCUCAAAACCGGCAACCUUCCACGUAGAAGGCCAAAGAAACGAUUUCUUAAGCGUGCUCUUGUCUCCAGCAACAUUGGCCUAACAAAAUUAGAGAACCUCGCAAGGGAUCAGAUCCGCUGGCGGUCUGUCUGCGUCUCCGGAGUGGUGCACUUCAAUGAGGAGAGACGAGGAGCGCUUCAAGUGAGGCGACGCCAGCGUCAUCUGCAACCUGCACCGGGUCUGUUUCCCUGCCACCUGUGCCCGAAAAAUUUUCCUUCGCGUAUAUGUCUGCUAUCUCAUUUGGCAGCACUCAGAAGAAUGACGAGAAUUGAAGGGCAGUGUCGUCAUACAGCUAAAAAGACCGACAAUCCCAAAAGGCAAAGAAGUCUUUCACCGGAAACCACAGAGUCUUCUGUAGCCGUCACGCCAAAAACAGAGCAGACGUCUCUAUACAGAGCAGUCGUCACUCGUUCAGGGCAGUCGUUUCUCGGCGUCCUGUUGCUCAUGACAAUCACACUCCUCCCUGAUCUGAGAAUGACACAAAUGGCAGCGCACCGUCACGUCAAAAAGCACCCGCUGGAACAGGGAAAUCGUCUCUCGUACAGGGCAGUCGUCUCUCAGCGUCCUUGUCGGCUCCAUCAGCCCCCACUGCCAAAAUUCUACUUUUUCGAAUUCUUCGAAUGUUCUCCCUCAGCUUAUUCUUCUAUUUCUCUACUCCUUCUUCUUCUUCUUCUUCUUUUUCUUCUUCUUUUUCUUCUUCUUCUUCUUCUUCUUUUUCAGAUUCUUCAGAGUCUUCAGAGGCUUCUUCGAAUUCUUCGGAUGUUCUUCCUGAGAUUUUUUCGUCUUUCUCAAAUUCUUCUUUUUCGAAUUAUUCGUAUGUUCUUCCUCAGAUUCUUUUUCAGAUUCUUCUUUUUUGAAUUCUUCGGAUGCUGUUCUUCAAAUUCUUCUUAUUCACAUUCUUAUUUUUCGGAUUCACAGGAUUCUGCAUCUUCGAAGCAUUUCUUCGAUUUUUUUCGGAUUCAUUUCAGACACUUCUUCUUCGAACUCUUCCUCCCUACUUACGAUUCUUCUUCUUCAUUAUCUAUGGAUCGGUCUCUUUUAUUUCUUUCUUCGCUAAAGUUGUUCUAUUCACCCUUAUUCAUUCUUCUUCAUUUGCAUCUAUUUACCAUGUUUCAAUUGUUGCGGGCAUAUUGUUUUCUUUUGUUUCAUUUUUCUUCACAAAUAUUCUUGCCAACAUUCAUCUUUUUCACACUUUUUGACGCAUUUCUCUCUUCACUUUCCCUUCUUCUUCUUCUUCUUCUUCUUCUUCUUCUUCUUCUUCUUCUUCUUCUUCCUCUUCUCCUGCUACUGCUGCUAUCCAUUCAAAAAAAAAAAAACUAUUUAAGCAGACAUCACCGUCUUCCUCCCACCCUCACCCUUUAUCUAAUUUCUUCUUUUCUUUCUUUUUCCUUCUUCAUCUUAGGGUUCUUCGGGUACCUCGGAUACUUACUCAUUCUUCUUCUUCUUCUCCUCCUCCUCUUCCUCCUCCUUCUUCUUCUUCUUCUCCUCCUCCCACCUUCUUCUUCUUCUUCUUUUUCUUCUUCUUCUUCUUCCAUUAUUUUGUCUUCGGAUUCUUGUACUUUUUUUUCCUACGGAACUGUUUCUUUUUUCGCUAAAAUUAUCCUACUCACGGAAAUUCUUUCUUCUUCAUUAGGAAUCUAUUUUCUACAAUUUCCUUCUCGGCAUUCAUUCCUCCUUCUUCUUUGGAAAUAUUUUUCUAUUAUUUUUCCUUUAUCGAAUACUUCGGAUAUUCUUUCUCAGAUUCUUAUCAUUAUUAUUAUUCAUAUUCUUCUUCUUCUUCUUCUUCUUCUUCUUCUUCUUCUUCUUCUUCUUCAGAUUCUUGUUUUUCAAAUUCUUCGGAUGUUCUUCCUCAGAUUCGUCUUCUUCUCCUUCUUCUUCUGUAGAUACUUCUUUUUUUCGAAUUCUUCAGAUGUUCUUCAUCAGAUACUUCUUUUUUCGAAUUCUUCAGAUGUUCUUCUUCAGAUACUUCUUCUUAUUUUUUUACUUUUUCUUUUUCUUCUUCUUCUUCAGAUUCUUCUUUUCCGAAUUCUUCGGGCGUUAAUCCUGAGAUUCUUCUUCUUCUUCUUCUUCUUCUUCUUCUUCUUCUUCAGAUUCUUCUUCUUCAGAUUCUUCUUCUUCAGAUUCUUCUUCGAAUUCUUCGGAUGUUCUUUCUCAGAUUUUUCUUCUUUCUCAAAUUCUUCUUUUUCGAAUUCUUCUUCUUCUUCUUCUAAUAAUAAUAAUAAUAAUAAUAAUAAUUCUCUCCUGACAUUCACUUCUUAUAUGAUUUCUGUUGUUUUUGUUUCUGUACGCUUAUUCCAAUCUUUUCUUCAAAGUCUUUUCCCUCUCAUUACUCUCCAUUUUAUGUCAGCACUACUUGCUCUCCUUCUAUUAAUAUUCCCACUCGCUUUCUACUUCAUCUUCAUUAUCUAUCGUUUUCAAAUCUACUCCUUUAUCUGUAUAUCAUUCUCUCUUCCUAUUACCUUUUCCUUCUCUUUGUUUCUCUUUUUCCUUUCUCAUUGUCUUUGUUUUUCUCUUGCUUUAUCUUUCAUUUUUUUACGUGUUUUACAUCCUUCACUAAUUUUUCUAGUUUCUUCUUCCUCUAAUUCUGUUUCUUUUUCUUUCUUUCUUCGAACAAAAAUAUUUUCUUUUCUUUCUUACUUUCUUUUUGUUCUAUCUGUGCUUUCCGUAAAUUCUCUACUGAAUACUACUUUUGCUUUCUUUCUUUUUUGUUUAUUUGUUUCUUUCUUUCUCACUUCCGAUGCAUUGUCUACUGAGAACGCCAUUCCUUUCUUUUUCUUUCUUUGUUGUACCUUUUCUUUCUUUCUUUCUUUUUCUAUCUCUGACUUGAAUGCUUUCCCUGAAUUUUGUACUGAGUAUGCUUUUUUCAUUCUUUCUUUCAUUAUUUUAUUUCUUUCUUUCUUUCUUUGCUUUCCAACACCAUUUCUUUCUUUUUCUUUCUUUCUUUUUCUUUCUUCUUUCUUUCUUUUUCUUUCUUUUUCUUUCUUUUUUCUUUCUUUUUCUCUCUCUGACUUGAAUGCUUUCCGUGAAUUUUGUACUGAGUAUGCUUUUUUCAUUCUUUCUCCCUUUCUUUCUUUAAUUAUGUCUUUCUUUCUUCUUUCAUUCUUUUUCUUUCUUUUUCUUUCUUUCUUUUUUCUUUCUUGA